UUACUACUAAUUAUAUUUCCAAAUAAAUGCUUAAUAGGAUCAUUAUUUUCGAAAGAGCCUGUUCGAGGGAAGUCGGAUAAUCAGUUGCAGGGGGAUCAAUAUAUAAGCGGUGCACUUGAUAUUAAUUCUACGAUCCGAGCUUAUCAAACACGUGGCCAUUUGAUAGCCAAUACCGAUCCGUUGGGUAUACAGAACUCCGAGUCGGCAAAACUUCAGGGCAGCGCGAAUCUGCCACCUGCGAUCGUGGUGCGACAACAUCUCAAAGGCAUGACGGAGGCAGACAUGGACAGAGAAUUUCCUCUUGGGUCUCUAACCGUUAUUGGAGGCGACAAGAGGAAAUUGACGCUACGGGAGAUACUGAAGAGGCUCAAUAAGAUCUACUGUGGUCAUCUAGGCCUCGAAUAUACAUACAUUCACGAUCUUAAUAUGUUAGACUGGUUGAGGCAAAAAUUUGAGAUACCAGGCGCCUGGGAAUUGCCGGCGGAGCAUCGAAAGUGGAUUUGGAUGAAUAUUAUGAGAGCUGUGAGUUUUGAGAAUUUUUUAGCAAAAAAGUACGGGACGGAAAAGAGAUUUGGAUUAGAAGGUUGCGAAUCGUUUAUACCGGCGAUGGCGGAAUGCAUGGAAACAUCGGCGUUAAAUGGAGUCGAAACUGUAGUAAUUGGUAUGGCGCAUCGCGGUCGUUUGAAUACCUUAGUGAACAUCUGCUUAAAACCAAUGAGUCAGGUGCUCACUCAGUUCAAUCCGAUUUCUUUGGAAGGAUUCGGUUCUGGUGAUGUAAAAUACCAUCUCGGGACGCACUCAGAAAAAUUAUUAGAAAGAACUAAAAAAAAAAUGCUUGUCGCCAUAAUGGCGAACUCCUCUCAUCUAGAAGCAAUUGAUCCGGUGAUUGUCGGUCGUGUUCGUGCCGAGCAAGUUGCGAAAGGUGAUUCUAAACAUGGUAAAAGAUCGUUGGCUAUACUAGUUCAUGGUGAUGCCGCUUUUUCCGGCCAAGGUGUCGUUUACGAAACAAUGCAUCUCACCAAUCUACCAGAGUAUACAACGGGUGGCGUUAUACAUCUCGUAAUUAAUAAUCAAAUUGGUUUUACAACCGACCCACGAUAUUCACGAUCUAGUGUUCAUUGUACGGAUGUUGCACGUGUUGUUAAUGCUCCUAUUUUUCAUAUACAUGCCGACGAUCCCGAUUUAGCGACUUAUUGCAGCAAAGUGGCCAGCGAAUAUCGGGCUACUUUUCAUAAUGAUGUAGUGUUAGAUAUCGUUGGAUAUCGAAGAAGUGGGCACAAUGAAAUGGACGAGCCAAUGUUAACUCAGCCACUCAUGUAUAAACGAAUAAAAGAACAUCCCAGUGUUCUGUCGAUAUAUUCCGAUAAAUUAUUGAAAGAGGGCGUGAUAACGCAAGCUUUUGCAAAUGAGGAAAUCGAAAAAUAUAUAAGUCAUUGCGAGGAAGAAUUCAGGAAAGCACAAACUAUUAGCACGAUGCAAAUGAGCGACUGGUACGACGUACCCUGGACCGAAUUCUUUUCAAAUCAAACUCCGCAAAAUAAAAUACCCUCGACCGGUAUUGACAUCGCAACUAUUAAGACAAUAUGCAAUGCUAUAUCUACUCCUCCAAAAGACAUCGAGGCGCAUCUUCAAGUACUAAGGGCAAUGGACAGACGAGCAAAACUCAUGGAGUCUCGACAGAUAGAUUGGGCAAUGGGGGAAUGUCUGGCUUUCCUCAGCCUAUUGAAGGAAGGUUACCAUGUCAGAUUAUCCGGACAAGACGUUGAGCGUGGCACCUUUACUCAACGAAUACAUAUUAUCCAUGAUCAAAGCAAAGACAAGACCUAUAAAAAUAUUUUGCGCGAUGUUUUUCCGAGACAGGCUCUGUAUACUGUCUCAAAUUCCUCGUUGUCAGAAUAUGGUGUAUGCGGAUUCGAAUUGGGAUACUCGGCAUAUCAUCACAAUACUCUGACACUCUGGGAAGCGCAAUUCGGCGAUUUUGCUAAUACCUGUCAAGUUAUAUUAGAUUGUCUGUUAUGUUCUGGACAAGCCAAAUGGGGCAGACAGGUAGGAUUGGUAUUGUUACUGCCACACGGUAUGGAGGCUCAGGGGCCGGAACAUUCAUCCGCCAGAUUAGAAAGAUUUCUUCAGCUGUGCGACGACGAGUGUACUCACGUGCCCGGAAAAGAGCCCGGUGCUCGCGUUGGUGAGACUGUCGAGCAAAUCAUGACAAGACAGCUUUUCGAGAUAAAUUGGAUCGUCUGUUAUCCUUCGACACCUGCCAAUCUUUUUCAUCUUUUGCGUCGGCAAAUGUUAAUGCCAUUCCGCAAGCCGUUGGUAAUUAUGACUCCCAAAUCAUUGCUACGUCAUCCAAUGACGAUAUCAAAUUUUGAGGAGAUGGGACCAGGUACGAGUUUUAUGCACGUAUUACCGGAUCCUUUCGUAAAGCCCGGAAAUGUGAAGAAGGUGUUGCUCUGUACUGGGAAAGUAUACUACGACUUGGUUAUCGAGCGGCAAGAACGACAAUUGGAAGAUAAGAUAGCGAUUAUUAGAAUCGAACAACUCUGCCCCUUUCCGUAUCAUCUGUUUGCAGAAGAAAUGGUGAAAUAUCCGCGAGCAAAAAUCAUGUGGUUGCAAGAGGAACAUAAGAAUCAAGGUGCUUAUUAUUACGUGAGAGAUAGGAUAGCCUUGGCCUUGGGCAUUCCAAUAGAAGAGAUAAAAUAUAGCGGUCGUCCUUCUUCAGCUGCACCAGCAACCGGCAGCAAGAUUAUUCAUAAAAAUGAGUAUAAUAAUAUGAUAGCAACCGCGCUUAGUCUUGAUUAA